GUAUUUCACAUGGGGCGAGCGGGAGUUAUCAUCCACUUGCGUAAAGGCUGCUGCUGCUGUGAGGUGGCUGACAGUCUCAGGCGACACGGCUGUGUGUGUGUAUGUGUGUGUGUGUGUGCGCGCGUGUUUUCUCCCUCCCUCCUCCUGCUUGCUGAAGGCGUAGGCUUUUACUGAUGGAUGCCACCACGAAGCAGAAAACAUAAGUUGUAUAAAGGACGCUGACACUUGUACUUUUCAGAAAGAUAAAUCAACGGUGGAAUGAAGAAUUGAACUCCUUGAGCGCACCAGUGCCAACAUGUCUAAGCCAUUAGAUCACGUUAAACGUCCGAUGAAUGCGUUCAUGGUUUGGUCCAGAGCCCAGCGCAGAAAAAUGGCUCAGGAGAACCCAAAAAUGCACAACUCCGAGAUCAGCAAGCGACUGGGAGCGGAAUGGAAACUUCUCACCGAGUCCGAGAAGAGGCCGUUCAUCGACGAAGCCAAACGACUGCGAGCCAUGCACAUGAAGGAGCACCCAGACUACAAAUACAGACCGCGACGGAAGCCCAAGACUCUGAUGAAAAAAGACAAGUUUUCUUUCCCCGUGCCCUACAACCUCGGGGAGCACGACGCGCUCAAAGUUAGUGGGCUCUCCGCUGGAGUUCUUUCGGACUCCCUCGCCGGGAACCCGGAGAAGGCUGCAGCGGCUGCAGCGGCCGCAGCAGCCAGAGUUUUCUUCAACCCGUCCAUGUCCGCGAACCCCUACUCCUUUUUCGACCUGGGAUCCAAGAUGAGCGAGCUUUCCCAACCAUCCUUUUCGUACGCGUCUCAUCUUGGUUACGCACCGGCAGGCGCCACGGCGUUCACCGGCACUGGCAGUAUAGGUGGCGGGACGCACACCCACACCCACUCGCACCCUUCCCCUGGAAACCCGGGCUACAUGAUCCCUUGUAACUGUACGGGCUGGCCAUCAGCUGGACUCCAGCCGCCCUUGGCAUACAUCCUCCUGCCCGGCAUGGGAAAACCUCAACUUGAACCGUAUCCUGCUUACGCUGCGGCGUUAUGAUAAGGCCCCAGUUUGGACUAAUGAGACAGUGACGCGUGAAAAAGAGAAAGAAACAAAAACCUUUUUUUGUUUUUUUGUUUUUUUAAAAAAGCUAAUCAUGCAAGAGUUUUAAUAUGCAUGCACAAACUUGUACAUGUGAUCAAGUGCUCGUCGUCUCAGAUAUCACAUGUGUAUGUACAUUGAUUAAUGCCUUUAUCUAAGGUCAUUCUUAUUUAGAGAACUCUUAAUUAUUAUUAUUAUUAUUAUUGUUACUACUACUGCCCUGUCAUCAUCUCUUUGUGGAGGAAAAGGACGUCAACAUAAAGGGAUGACACAUUUCCUGUGAGAGGAAAAAGCGGGUAUCUGACAGAACAGUUUGUGAAAACUAAUUUCCAAAAAGGCACCCUGCUCCUUUUCUUCUUUCUAUCGUUUAAAAAGUUGCACCUGCUUGACUAACCUGUUGGAACCAAGGGCAGCCAACACACAAUGACAAUAUUAAUCACAGGAUCACAGCAUUUCCUCUCAGAUAACAUGUCGUAAUUCACGGAUCAAGGAGGAUUGUGACAACAUUUCCCCCUCCUCUCUUCUCCUGAGUGACUGUAAAUGUGUACAGAUAAAAAAAAAGACUCUAGUUUAUUUGCCGUUAUAGGCUUUUAGUGUUUUGGAGAUAGGGCCAGGAAAUCUGCGUAUUUCACUUAGAAAUCCGGUGUAUAUUUUGAGUUUUAAAACCGUUUUAUAGAUGUCUGUAAUAUUUAUUGUUUAGUGGAAUCUAUGGUGACCCAGACAUUUCUUUUCUUUCUUUUUUCUUUUCUUUUUUUUGUUUUUUCUCUUUUUAAAAAAAGGACAAGACUAGUUCUGUGAUAUUUGCACUUGAAUUACGGAUGUAAUUUAUUUUGAAGGUGGUAUUAAAUUCCAGUGCAUUGCAACUUUCCUUUUCUUUCUUUUUAUUUUUUGGCUAAAAGGUAAGAAAAUUCAGAUGCAAAUGGAUUUUUAUUCAACUUGAUCAUUUUUCUUGACUCCUCCCCUCUCCUCUUAUCAUGUGCAGCAGAAAAAAAGCAACACGUUUUUAACUAACUCGUAUGGACUUUGUAUUGUUUUGUGUUUUCUUUAACCUCCGUUAUGUACUGUUGAAGCAAAAGGACUACAAUAAAGCGUAUUCGGAUUAAACGGAAAA